AUGAUGACAAACUCUUCUGAGGUUUUAUUCUUUUUCCUGACUGCUUAUAUUGACUCUGGGGUUCUGGUGUAUUUAUAUUUCACUGUUGUCUUGUUUUUGUAUAUUUUAAUCAUUGUUUCCAACGUCCUGCUGAUCACAGUGAUCUGUGUGAAGCGGAGCUUACAUGAACCCAUGUACAUGUUCCUCUGCAGCCUGUUUGUGAAUGAACUGUACGGCAGCUCAGGCUUGUUUCCCUUCCUGCUGGUUCAGAUCCUCUCUCAUCUUCACUCAGUUGCUGCUCCGUUCUGCUUGCUUCAGGUUUUUAUCGUCCAUUCAUACGGGGCUGUUGAAUUUCUAAGCCUAGCUGUCAUGUCGUAUGACCGCUACCUCGCUAUCUGCUACCCUCUGCAGUACAACGCCAGGAUGACACCAACAAAGAUUGCAGCGCUCAUCGCUGUGAGCUGGCUGUAUCCAUUUGUGGUGAUGUCCUUUUCUAUGACUCUGAUACCGGUGAAGCUGUGCAGGAACCAGAUUAACAAAGUCUACUGUGACAUGCACUCUCUGGUCAAACUGGCCUGUUCAGACGCUGCAUUAACCAACAUUUAUGGACUCAUUGCUACGUUCAGCACCAUCUUCAUCUCUUUGCUCCUGAUCCUCUACAGCUACACCAAGAUCCUGGUUGUGUGUUUCUCUGGGUCCAAACAGACCCGUCAGAAGGCUGUGAACACCUGCACACCUCACCUGGCCUCCAUCCUAAACUUCACCUGUGCUGGAAGUUUUGAGGUUUCCCAGAGCAGAUUUGAUAUGAGUUUUCUGCCAAACGUUCUGCGGAUUUUUCUGUCGCUUUACUUCCUGACUGCUCAGCCUCUUUUUAACCCAAUGAUGUACGGCCUGAAGAUGUCAAAAAUCAGAAACAUUUGUAAAAGUCUAAUUAUGAAUACAGACUACUGA